AUGGCUGUUGCUUUCAGCAUGGGUUAUGUUGCAGAUGAAGGAGUGGUGGAUUGGUGGCAAAAAAGAUUCUUGGUGAUACACUUUGUACUCCUCUUCAGCAGGCAAGGGAAAUUAAGACUUCAGAAGUGGUUUAUUACACUGCCUGAGAAAGAAAAGAAAAAGAUCACCCGAGAAAUUGUGCAGAUUAUUCUGGCUCGCAAUCCCAAAAUGAGCAGUUUUGUGGACUGGAAAGACCUCAAGCUUGUUUACAAAAGGUAUGCUAGUUUAUAUUUCUGCUGUGGAACUGAAGACCAGGAUAAUGAGCUUCUGACCCUAGAAGUUGUCCAUCGUUAUGUAGAGUUGUUGGACAGAUAUUUUGGCAAUGUGUGCGAACUGGAUAUUAUCUUCAAUUUUGAAAAGGCAUACUUUAUUCUUGAUGAGUUUCUAAUGGGAGGGGAAAUUCAAGAAACUUCUAAAAAAUCUGCAGUGAAAGCCAUAGAAGAUGCAGACAUGUUACAAGAGACAAUGGAAGAAUAUAUGAGCAAACCUGCCUUUUAACUAGAACCCCCUUGGAUAGAAAAAGAUGCUGCAUAGAAUGUACAUGUAAAAGCUGCUGUUUCUUGGCACCAGAUUAUUUGAGCAAUGCAAAAACCUCAUACCCUUGCAAGAGAAGAUGAAGGUCAGCCGCAGUAGCACAU